ACUCACUCAUUUCACUCUUUGUUUAGAUUGUAUUUCUCUUUCAUUUUAGCCUUACAACAUGCCAACAGAUAAUGAGUUUGAUGACAAUGAGAAUGAAGACAAAUGGUUCUUGAUGUUUUGCGUCUAUGCCAUAAUCUCCUUGCAGUUUCUCCUUGCUGUUGCGGUUGGAUCAGUAGUUGUCUCCGUUUCCAGGAUUCCCCACUUUGUUCUCCACACUGCACCAGGCCUUUCCAUCUAUAUCAUCUCCAUAGUCCUUUGCUUGAUAAUUCAAUGUGUGCUUCUUGAUCUUCGAAACCGUUGGCCCUGCAACUGUGUUCUUUUUAUAUUAUGGACCAUUUUAUUUGCCUCUGCUGUGGGACUCUCUUGUUCCUACUCAAAAGGGAGAGGAAAAACUGUUUUGGAGACCAUAAUUCUGAUAAGUGUUGUGGCUGUGGUCCUAACACUUCACUCUUUAUAUUCAGCGCUCAGAAAGCGUGAUUUCAGCUUAUGUGAACUCUUUUUGAUUGGUAUCUUCCUGGUGGCUUGUGUUUACAUUCCCAUUCAGGUCUUUCACCCUUUUGCAAAGCUAUCAACAUCAAUAUUUGGUUGCCUGGUUGCACUUGCUGUCGCCGGUCGUAUAUUACUUGCUGGAAAUCUCUGCAUCAACCACAAUUUUUACGACCCCAUUGGUGCUGCAGUCAUUGUUCAUCUCAUCUUUCUCUUAAACAAUCCUGGUCGAAGGGAACUCAUCGGCCGUCGUUAGAAAAUGGGGUGCUCCCCCACCUCUGAGGAAAGGUGUUUAAAACCAAAUCAAAAUUUGUUCGUGUUUGCUUAAUUUGAAUGGAAUACUUCUAGAAGCAUCAUCGAUCAACACCUGUGGUGGGGAUUGGUCUUUUUUGGUGAUAAUUAGCAGACUGCAUGCAUGCUCAGCAGUCAGCACUGUCAAAACAUGCUACCUAUGCAUGUUUUGAUAAUAUAUCUGCCAUCUGCCUUCUGCCUUAGUGUAGUGUAUUAUAUUAUGUUUAAAUCAUGUUUAAUAUCCUUGUAUCAGACUGGGUUAUGUUAAUGAAGUAUUGAGAAAUGAAACUCUCAUAGUUUUCUCUUCUUUCUAUUCA